GUUCUCGCACGGGUAGUUGGACGAUUGAACAGUUGCAGCGUUUGGCUUUGGCAUUUCGAUUUCAUUCGGUGCUGAUGAUUGGGCAAGCUGCACGAAGAACACUUUCAAAUAGAUACAUGGGAAGUAGUCGUGGCCACAGAAUCGCUGCAGCGGUGGCAAUGUGGGUUUGGAAUGAAAGAAGCCACAUGAUCGACGUGUUUGCGCAAUGAUGCUGUCAUACCACCAUGGUGCUGUGGAAGGCUUGCUGCGAUCACAAGCUUGUCUGGCUGUUCUUGGGCAAGGCCUUGGAAUUCAGAAAGUGGUAUUGGAAGCCUUCCGGAAAGUGUUGGCGGGCUGUGCAGACAAACAAGCUCCACCUUUGAUUUUUCUGCUGAACACAUCGCAGGAACUCGUCGAAAUAAGUGCCGAGCAUUAAGAUUGCUUUACGAGUUCGGGGUGUUUCGAUCGCGGGCCCAGGAAGAAGCUGAGCUCCUGGCAAAGCGCGCGUCUGAAGACCCACUGUGGGCAGGAUUGGUGUCCAGCUUGUCCGUGAUAGGUGCCGACUUUGGCACAAAAGACCGUGCUGCUGCCUUUGCCUGUGGAGGGGGCUUUAUUGCAAAUGCACGAUUGCUUGUUCCGGAUAUACUAUCCGGCCGCUUGAAUCCAGAAAGCAUCGACGGAGUAUUCGUGAAUCAUGCCCAUCAGGUUGCUGAACUUUCUGCUGAUGCUUUUGUCCUUCGGCUCUUCCGUUUGAGAAAUACGCGCGGGUUCAUCCGUGCAAUCUCUGACAUGCCAGAUUCCUUUACUCGAAGUCAUGUUCAACUUGAGAAAGUGAUGCAACGUUGUUUUCUCAAUGACCUGGAAGUUUGGCCGCGAAUACGAAAGGAAGUUCAGAAUAGUUUGAAGCAGGAGAGUCAGCCAGAAGUGGUCCAAAUCACACUGGAGCUUCCAAAGCAGAUGCUAGAACUCCAGCGGCACAUCCUCAACAUUGUGCAGUCAACAUUGGCAGAACUCAAAAAGGAUCCUAAUCUAGAGCUCGGCUUGUCCACGUUGGAUGCGAAAGAUUCAGUCUCAGCAGCUUUCGAGGUGGAACUCCGGCAAGUCUUGGAUCCAGCGUGGCAAAAUCUUGGGCCAUUUGCCAGGCGCCUGGUGAACGACCUCAACAGAGUCCGACGGCUCUUGACUGAGUUGCUGCGUGGGGACGCUGUAGACUUCCUGCGCCUGUUGGACACCUUGUGUGGCAAGGAGGCUCAAACAGCACCUGUUUGGCUACAUAGCCCUGAUGCGCAGGCAAUGCUUGCUUUUGCAAAAGGGCGUGUGUAUGAAAUUUGCAGAAGCCAACAUGAUUCCACACCGUUCUUGAGAAAAAAGUUGGAACCGCAUGCGAAGUGGAGCAAAAUCUUGGAUGCCAUUGAUCGGACAAUAUCUAAAGUGGCAGCUGCAGAAAAGUUGUUUGAGAAGACAGCUGCUAGCGGAGUUGGGGAUGAAAACAACUUCCCGCACAGCGAUAUGGAGACAUUGAUUGACGAGUCUGAUAGUGACGUCGAGAUUGUAGGGGUCAAGACAGUGAAGAACAAAAAGCGGCGCACCGUGCCACCAAGUGCAAGUGAAGUGUUGGAGCCGCGGAUCCUCAUCAUAGCCCCGGACGACCGCUCGAGACGCCAGCUUUCCACAUUUCUGCACCGCGGCGCUGAAGCGACGCUACUGGACAAUCUGGGAUCCUACUUCCGAGAUCGUGCACCUCGACUGCGCCAAGAGUCUGGAUUGAGCAUCGUGAGGGAGGGAGCCUUGAUGGCUCAGGAGGCUGAUGCGGCUGCCCAAGAGCUGGAGAAGAUCCGGCCCGAUGGUGGUGCUUUACGCCUUCGAGAACUGCCAGAUGGGAGACCUUGCCAUCCCAGAAUUGACGUUGUAACAGAAGAUGCUGAAGGCCAGCUGGAAGUUCACAUGGAGGAAAUGCAGCCACAUGCCGUAGUUGUUUUCGAACCUAGUUUGCAUGCCAUCCGUGCGGUGGAAGUGUACUAUGCCACCCUGCACUGGCGCGCCAGUGCCUGCGUGAAACUAGAGCCUGAGGCUAGCCAGGAAGAAGUGCCACUGCUUGGUGGUGACAUUUCGCCUUUACAUGUUUACCUCUUGGCAUUUGAUGAUUCUAUCGAGAAUCAUCGUUACCAGCAGAGCUUGGUGUCCGAAAGCCAGGGAAUUGAUUCUAUCAUUAAAUUUCGGCAACACAUGACGUGGCGAGUUGAUUUGCCAGUUGAAGCUACCCCUGCAGAAUCUUCAAGGCGAGGUGGAGGAGCCAGGGCAUUGCAAGCAAUGGCCAAACCUCGCGUCGUUGUGGAUAUGCGAGAAUUUCGUUCCACCUUGCCUUUCAUGCUCCAUUUGCGGGGCUUAGUGGUCGAACCAGUCACUAUCCCCGUGGGUGACUACAUCCUCUCCCGAGACAUUUGUGUCGAACGCAAGGCCAUUGUUGAUUUGGUGCAGUCGCUUUCUAGUGGCCGCCUCUAUCAGCAGGCUCAGAACAUGUGCCGACACUAUGGAAAUCCUAUGCUCUUAGUGGAAUUUGAUCCUGCCAAGGGCUUCAUCCUUCAAAGUAGCUAUGCCAUUGCACGCAGAGAGAUUGAAGUGGGCACCAAGGACUUGCUGGGAAAGUUGUCGCUGCUGGUGUUGCAUUUCCCAAAGCUCCGGAUCAUGUGGAGUCCGUCACCUCGAUUUACAGCUGAUUUUUUCAUGAAGCUGAAAGAGGGCCGCUACCAGCCAGACUCCAAAGCCGCAGCUCAAAUUGAUGCAGAAGAUUUGGAAGAAGACACCGAGGGGGCCCACAAGACUCAAUCAAACUCAGCAGCCUUCGAAGUGCUUCGGAAGCUUCCGGGCAUCACUCCAAAGAAUAUGCAUGUGUUGGCACGAAGAGCAGGCAAUCUGGCUGGGCUGUUAGAUCUUUCCUUGGGGGAACUAGGCGAGAUCAUGGGGGAUGCAAAUGCUAAUCAGCUACACAGCUUUCUUCGUGCAAGCAGUCAGACUGCCGCAACGCAAGAUCGAGGCUUAGAGGACGUGGGGGCCGCAGGGGGCACGCAGGAGCAGUAUUUGUCAGCAGACCUUCCAGAAGAUCAAUGAGUUCCUUGUGAAGGUAAGGGCUCCCGUGGAGGCCGUGCAGGUGAGCAGGUGAGGGCUCCCCGGGGCUACCUGGUGCGUCCAGGUUGGAAGCCUUGUUCCACUAGCGAGGUGCAACACAUUCGCAGUGGAAUGCUAGGCGCUGUUCUUGCAACGUGCGGCCAGUCAGGGCGAAAUGCGGCCCCAACUAAACCGCACAUGACGCAAAGCUUGAAUCAGAUCGCAUGUUGAAUUGUGCGACUGCGACGUUUGAAAAAGCCUUAGACUUCAGAGCUGCAUGAGUCGAUCAUUGGGACAAACCGACCCUGUGUGCGGAACUCCAUUGGACACAGGCGCACUAGCCCUAGUAGUGUUAAGAAACCUGUUUGUCAAAAGCCUGCGCUGAGCAUGAUCAAAUUCCUCUCUGGACAUCUCAGGACUAACUCUUUCCGAGGUGAAUGCUGAGC